AUGUCGACCUCGGUGAUCGCGAGAAUGAAGCGUAAAGACGGUUCGGUUGGUUCCCCGUCACCAGACGAUGAGAUGUCGGGCGGUCGGAAGGAGUGUGGGAGCUCGACGCAGGAGAUCGAUGACUUCCAAGCCUUGGACUUGGAUGACAGUGAUGGGGAUGAAACGUUAGUGCCGUAUGUCAUACCCGCUAGGGCGAAGACGAUUGAGCACGGGCCUAACUUGGAUGCAAUGGACACCACACCGGAUGGUGGGCCAGGAGUACGCGGGGCCGAUACUGGUACCGGGCCACAGGCCAUGGUGAUCUCCACGGAGGACGGCGGUUCGCCGGUGACUCCCCCUCGCCAGUUUGUGAUGCCCCAGCCGCCCGCGAAUCGCCGGGCUCAGAAAAUUCGAAGCCAGGUCCGGGAGGCUUCGCCGAUCCCCAUUUCCAGUGACCUCGAACCGGAUGGCCGGUACGACACACCCGCAACGCAUGCAGUGAGUGCCUCGUCUCUUGGUGCCACCGGCUUCAAGUUCGGCGUGCUGGAGAUGUCGGAUGCGGACUCCGAUGAAGACGGCUUGGAGACGGCCGUCUUUAUCAUGCCGAAACGAUCACGGAGCACUACCACAUCGGCACCCGUACGCAUGGCGGAACAUGGGGUGGUAUCGGCUGGUAGGUCAAAUGUCGGUAGUGUGGGGGGAAAUCCGCCCGGCCCCAAACCUCCUGUCCCGAUCGAGAUUUCAAGCGGUGACGAGACUGAAUCUGAGGCGGGAGACGGUGCGGUCCUCGUCCCGGCUCGACGGGCGUCGCUGGGGACAUCCAUGCGGGGUUCAAACUCAAAUACGCAGCGCCCCAAUCUCCCUAUCCCGAUCGAGAUUUCAAGUGGCGACGAUACUGGUUCCGAGCCGGACGACGGUCCUCUCAAUGCCCCGGCUGGGCGGGCAGUGAUGGCUUGGUCGGCCCUCCGUUCGUUGGAGGUUCCAGAGUCCCCUCCUUACCGGGGUGCAACACCGAUUGACGUUUCAAGCACGGAGGACACUGAUUCCGACAUGGAACCGCGGACGCGUCUCACUUCGCCUUCAGCGGCCCCCAGAACGCCGCCGCCCUCAACAAAUGCUGCGGAUGGUAUUGCGACGAAGACAUGUUCUCCACCACCACUCAGGAGUCCCGUAAGCUUGGAAAAGUCUCUGGUUGAAGAGCGACGCGGUCUACCGGCAACCGCACAUAGGCAGAAUUGGCGAGGACUGCCCGAUAUCGCAAAGUCAUGGCACAGACUGCCUGACAUUGCAAAGCCGCUCGACGGGAAGAAAGCUGAAGGCUUUCUCGUCGGGUUUAACAGGAAAAAGCGAAGUCCUGUCUUGGGAGGGGAACCUGGACCGUCGCGCCCGAAGUCGGACGACCAGCCGCAUGGACAAGGUGUCGUUCUCGGGCCGUCGGGCUCUGUUGGGAGUUUGGUGGACAGUCAACUUGAUGCUGACUCGGACAUGGAGACAUCUAGGGGGACAUCUGCGGCCAUGCAAAUGACCCCACCCGCCGCAACCAAUGACGAUGGCCCGGCGCUGACGACGAGCCGUGCUCGGUCAGACUCCGGGACUCCAGUCAACAUGCCAGAGGCCCUGGUUGACGAGCGGAUGGGUUCACCGGCGCAAAGUGAAGGUCAGGACUGGAGGCCCAUCCCGCAGACGAAAGGAAAAGGAUUGCUUUUCCGCUUGAACGACGACUCUAACGGCCGAAAGCUGUUCACACCAGGGGUUCCUGGACCGUGGCACUCCGUUGUGGGGUCCCGAGAGGAAAGUCAAUUUGAGGGCAACCACACGCAGGGCCCCCACUACGACGGGCCGGUACCACGAAUGGUGCAACACGACAUUCAGCAAGGCACUAUCCUCCGUGCGCGAUUGGAGGCUUUACAUGAGCUGCAGAGGGCAAACAGGCGGAGUGGCGCGAUUCUCGCCAAAAUGGCGAAGUACUAUGGGCCCGCGGACGAGCAGUAG